GUCCAUGUGGUGGGCGGGCGCCUGGACGUGUCACUUUUGUACCUGUUUGAGAAAUUGUGUUUGGUGCCGUUCAAGUGGCAGUGUGUUUUGAUGUGCGAAGGUGUGAUUGAAGGAGUCUGGGAGAAGUGCUGUCGUAGUAGCUGCACCGAACGCCAAACAGCCCGUGAGCGACUUGUGUACUGCAUUGAUCGCCAAGUGACCAAGAUUCAUCUCGUUGAUGUCCUCAGGGAGCUGUUCUGUUCCUGCAAUCCAGCUAGGUGUCUGGCCCAGGGACCAGAUGGUGCGAAGUUUUUCCAGCUGCCAUUCCUGACGGCUUGGCAACCGAAGGAUGAGGCCUGCGGUACCGUCUGGGUGACUGGCCCAGCAUCCCAUGAGCAGGACCAUUCACUCGUGUCCGUAGAAGGUGGACUGUACUCCUGCCGACAGUGCACAUAUGUGACCAAGAGCAAGGGAAACAUGAAAAGACACCUUCGCAUACAUACAGGCGAGCGGCCUUUUCAAUGCCUCUUGUGCCCAGCAGCAUUCACUGAAAAGAGGACUCUUAAAGACCACAUUCGUACGCACACAGGAGAGCGUCCUUUUUCCUGUGACCAAUGCAAUGCAUCGUUUGCAAUGAGAGCUUCCCUUGUGAGCCACAUGCGUACCCACACAGGAGACCGUCCCUUUUCCUGUGACAAAUGCAGUGCAUCGUUUUCUCAGAGAACAUUCCUCAAGGCCCAUAUGAUCACCCACACAGGGGAGCGUCCUUUCUCAUGUGACUUCUGCAAUGCAUCUUAUUCACGGAAAGGGCAUCUCAUGGACCACAUGCAGAAGCACGCAGGACAACGUCCCUUUUGCUGUGACCACUGCAGUGCAUCUUUUUCACUGAAAACGGACUUCGUGAAUCACAUGCACACCCACACAGGAGAGCGUCCCUUUUCGUGUGACCAAUGCAGUGCAUCAUUUGGACAGAAGGGUUUCUGGUUAACCACAUGCGCACCCACACAGGCAUAGUGUUUCCUAAAAUUAAUUAAAGGGGACUCUGGCACUCUGAUUGCUCAGUGACCAUGGGAAUUAGGAGUAUUUAAUUUCAUUUCAUUACCCUAAUGACCUCUCUAGGGGGUGUUACAUAAGGGGUGGAUGUAGAGAAAACAUACAAAAUGGUAACCACAUAUAUAGGUUAUUUGCUAGACAGGUAAUGCAAGAAUAAGGUCGGGCAGGUAAUGGUGGCAAUGCUGUGGAAAGGGUCGUUCCAUUUAGAUGAUGAGUGUUGAAACAAUGAGGCAGAAAAUUUCGUGGUGCGGCUGCAUGGACUGGUGACUUGCAGGGCAUGACCAGUGCGAUGAGAUAUGCUGGUUGACGGGGUGAUGUCCGGGCAGUCACGUGGGCUGAAUUAUAACUUGUGGAACAGAGCUUUGUUGGCAAUGGGACCACAAAGUGCAAGAGUUGAUAUAGAUGAUUUUUCCCUUAACGAUGACACACUGAUAUGGUAUGAGUAGGAUGAAUGAAUAAAUUGUACAGCGUGGUUCUGCGGUGCCUCAAACGAAUUUGUUAGAUAAGCCUGAGAUGGGCUCUAAAUGGCAGCAGCAUACUCAAGCUUUGGUCUGGUUAUGGAUUUGUAGGCUAUAUGUUUUAGAUGCUUGAGAGCAUGAUGCAAAUGACGUUUUAGAAAUUCGAGUGAUUUUUUAGCUUUUGCUAUAAUACUAGUGACAUGUUUAGGUUAGAAAGAUAAUAAUUUGCAUUUAGUGGGAUCAAGUGUAAUGAGCCACUGAUUAUGUUAAACUGCUUGCUGUUCAGAUGGAUUAGUGAUAGUAUGAUAAAUGGUUCAGUCAUCAGCAAACAAAUGGCUGUGACAUGAAACGUGUAAAGGUAAGUUGUUAAUGUGUAUUUGGUACAAUAUAGGGCGUAAAACCGAACCCUCGGGAAUAACAGAAGUUAUGGAAGAGAAAAACACUCAUUAAAAAAAACUGACUGUGAGCGCUUCCUCAAAAAAGCCGCAAUUCAAUUAAGAACACAAGGGUUAAUGUUUAAGCUUGAAAGUUUAAAAAGAAGCGUAUGAGACAUUUUAUCACAUGCUUUCACGAAAUCUAAAAAGCCAUCAGUUUGUUGGUUACAGUUCAAGUAUAGAUCAUGAAGGAAGUUAGCUCGCUAAAUUUCACAGGAUAGACCUUUGCGAAAACCAUGCUUUGAAGGAUUAAAAAAAUGAUUUACGUCUAGGAAGGUCAUAAUUUGUGAAUAAAUGAUGUGUUCGAUAAUUUUACAUGGUAUACUUGUUAAUGCUAUUGGACGAUAAUUUAAUGGUUGCUGCUUACUGCCAGACUUGCGGAUGGAAAUGACCUUUCCCCUUUCCAGUCAUCGAGUAAGUGUCGUGUUGACAGGGACUGGGAAAACCGAAGACGCAAGAAAGCAGCCGAGAUGUUCUUCGUAUUGAGUAAAAACUUAAAAUUAAUUUCAUCGUAACAAUCUGAUGAUAUCAGUUUUAGAUUAUUUAUGCGAGAUAUGUCAUCAACGGAAAAAACAAUCUCGAGCAUUGACAGAUCAAUGGUAAUGCACUUUAAUCUUAGUACGAUUGGAGGCAUGGCAUGAUCAUUAGUAAACACUCUUGCACCGGCAGUGUUAAAUACGUCUACACAUUCCUCAUUACUUACAACAUCAUUGUUGUCAUUGGAAAGGGUUAUCGUACGUUUGUGUUCAGGGUUAUUUACAUGCCAAAAUUAUUUUGGAUUUUGCGUUAGCAGACAGGGAAGGUCAUCGUGAAAAAACUUGUACUUAGCACUGUAAUGCUGCAAAGUACUCGGUUUCAGCUGAGUAGUACCUAUCCCACCACAACAAGUUGUUCCUCUGUUUAGCAGCUCGACAGCAUCUUUUUUGUCUUAUUUUUGAGUCGCUAUAGUGAUUUAUUGAACCAGGGUUUGUUUUUAUUAGGGUGAAAACUACAUAUAGAAAUAUACUUAUCACUUAGUUCUAGUACUUUGCCCUUGAAAAGUAUCCAGUUUUCUUGUACUUAAUUAUUACAAAAUUGCAUCUCAAAUACUGGGAAAAAUUGGUUUAGUUCGCUAUCGAUAGCUUCAUAAGUAGCCUUAGCUUCAUAAAUAGCCUUAUCAUAGAGUCAAAUUGUUUUCUUAUAGGUUUCACAUACUAGUGGGGCAAAGUUAAAAGUGGCAUGAACAACCUUGUGAUCGCUUAUUUCCCUUAAGUAUGUUAUAGAUGUCAUACAGUCGGGCUGUUUGGUUAAUAUCAAGUCUUGUAUGUCUGAAGAGCUCUGUGUGACUGACACCUGUUGGUUCAGUUAUCAACUGCGAGAGGUUGAAGUUGAGACACACAUCGACAGUUAGUUGCUUUAGGGCUACUUGUUAAAGUUGUAUGGUUAUGCCAGUCAAUGUGAGGGUAAUUGAAAUCGUCGAACAGCACGAUGUUUGCGUUUGGGUGGACUCUUGUAAGAGUGUGGAAUUUCGUUCACUUUGUGCGGGUAAUCGGGGUUGCUUUGGAGCGGCCUAUAGCAGACACCUAGAAGUACGGUUCGCCGUACUGUGCAGCCGAUGACCCGUAAUAUUUCAAUGUCUGAAUUGAUGUGCAAUGCUGAAGAUGGUAGUUGCUGAUCUACCGCUACAAGGACUCCUCCAUCCCACCUCCCCGUCCAUCUUUGUGAUAGAGAUUAAAGUUGGGCAGGUCGACAAGAA